AUGUUAUAACUAAAUAGAAUAAAAAGAGAAUUGCCAUAUUUUAGAACCUUAGAUUUGAUAAAAUUUAUCGUUGUUAAAAAAUCUGAAUGAUUAAAAUAGUUCAGCAAAUAUACUCAUCUACCAUCUAAAUUUCCAACAUAUCAUAGCCUAGCAAAAUCUUAUGUGUUGCUAUCUAAGAAUGAUUAAUUUAAGAAUUAGAUUGGUCAUUUAUUAUCCACCAUUUAUUAAGGACUUUAGUCAGAUGAUCAAAACACAUUAGACAGAAGUGAAAAAUUUGGAUUUUAUAAUGGUCUAAAAAUUAUGAUUAAGGCUUCAGCAUGGAGUAAACAUCAAAAAUAUCCAUUAGUAGUGAAGGUAGUAAAUACAUCAAAAUAAAUGAAGUUACACAUUAUUUUCGAAGGUGGAAGAAAGUUAUAAGUUGUAGGAUAAAAAAAAAAUAUUGACCCUUGAACUAUUUUAUUGUAUUUUAAUCUGAUCAAGGAUGAUGAAUAUUAGUUACUCUAUCG